AUGCCCAAGGGCGGUUCUUCUGCCAAAGGCACGGCUCUACAAGGGCGCUCGGAUGCUGACCUUGUGGUGUUCCUCAGCUGCUUCCGCCAGUUCUCUGAGCAAGGCAGCCACCGGGCAGAGGUCAUCUCCGAGAUCCGGGCGCAGCUGGAGGCGUGCCAGCAGAAGCAGAAGUUCGAUGUCAAGUUUGAGAUCUCCAACAGGAAGAAUCCCCGAGUGCUCAGCUUCGUGCUGACAUCCCAGACACUGCUGGACUAGAGCAUGGACUUCGACGUGCUGCCAGCCUUCGAUGCCCUCGGCCAGCUGAGGCCUGGCUCUAGGCCUGAUCCCCAGGUCUACAAGGACCUAAUCCACAGCUAUAGCAACGCAAGUGAGUUCUCUACCUGCUUCACGGAGCUGCAGCGUGACUUCAUUAGCACCCGUCCCACCAAACUCAAGAGCUUGAUCCGGCUAGUGAAGCACUGGUACCAACAGUGCAACAAGAUGGUCCAGGGGAAGGGCUCCUUGCCACCCCAUCAUGGGCUGGAGCUCCUGACCGUGUACGCCUGGGAGCAGGGCAGCCAGAAUUCCCAGUUCAACAUGGCUGAGGGCUUCUGCACUGUGCUGGAGCUGGUUGGCCAGCUGUGCAUCUAUUGGACCAUCAACUACGAUGCCAAGGACAAAGCCAUCGGUGACUUCCUGAAGCUGCAACUUCGAAAGCCCAGACCCAUCAUCCUGGAUCCAGCUGACCCCACAGGCAACCUGGGCCACAAUGCCCGCUGGGACCUGCUUGCUCAGAAGGCUGCAGCCUGCACAUCUGCCCUGUGCUGCAUGGACAAGGAUGGCACCCCAUCAAGCCGUGGCUGGUGA